GGAAGUAUCGAAUUAUAUGUAAUUUCACGUGCAGGGAGAGGUGCAUGUAGACGAAUUUUCUAGAAUCAGCUGCUAAAUUGGAGCUCAACAUUUUCAUUAUAGAACCAGUUCUUAACAAGUUAACACAAUGCUGGCCCCUGUUCAAAUCCUGAAGCGGGAUGCGGAGGAAGAGAAGGCAGAGACGGCUCGUAUGUCGUCAUUUGUCGGAGCCAUAGCCAUAGGGGACCUCAUCAAGAGCACCUUGGGACCCAAAGGAAUGGACAAGAUCCUUCAGUCGCCUGAUAAGAACAGACCCUUGAUUGUCACAAAUGAUGGAGCAACCAUUUUGAAGUCAGUAGGUGUGGACAACCCGGCAUGCAAGAUCCUUGUGGAAAUCAGCAAAGUGCAGGAUGACGAAGUUGGUGACGGCACAACAUCGGUGACGGUGCUGGCAUGUGAACUGCUGAGGGAAGCAGAGACCCUGGUUGGACAGAAGCUGCACCCACAGACUAUCAUAGCUGGCUGGCGGAAGGCUGUGGUGGCUGCAGACAAGGCACUGGCUGAAGCUGCUAUGGAUAACAGUGCCGAUCAGGAGAAGUUUCGCAAGGAUCUCUUCAACAUUGCCAUGACGACACUCAGCUCCAAGAUUGUUCAGCAGGGCCGAGAGAUGUUUGCCAACCUAGCUGUCGAUGCUGUGCUUAGACUGAAGGGCAAAACGGACCUUCAGGCCAUCCAGAUCAUCAAGAAGCUGGGAGGUAACAUGAGCGACUCCUACCUAGAGCCUGGCUUUCUGCUGGACAAGAAGAUCGGAGUCAACCAGCCCAAGAGGGUGGAGAAUGCACGUAUUCUCAUUGCAAACACCCCCAUGGACACUGACAAGAUUAAAGUUUUUGGUUCUAGGGUGCGUGUUGACGCGAUGGCCAAGGUUGCAGAACUAGAGCUGGCUGAGAAGGAGAAGAUGAAGGAGAAAGUACAGAAGAUUGUCAAGCAUGACAUCAACGUCUUCAUCAACAGGCAGCUGAUUUACAACUACCCAGAACAGCUGUUUGCUGACAACGGCAUCACGGCCAUCGAGCAUGCUGACUUUGACGGCAUUGAGCGUCUGGCGCUGGUCACUGGCGGAGAAAUUGUCUCCACGUUUGAUCACCCAGAGCUGGUCAAACUGGGCCACUGUGAUGUCAUUGAGGAGGUCAUGAUUGGGGAGGACAAGCUGAUUCGCUUCUCGGGCGUAGCCCUUGGUGAGGCAUGCACCAUUGUUCUCCGUGGGGCUACCGAGCAGAUCUUAGACGAGGUGGAACGCUCACUACACGAUGCCCUGUGUGUUCUGUCACAGACCACCAAGACCUACAAGACGGUACUAGGAGGAGGUUGCUCCGAAAUGCUAAUGGCCAAUGCAGUUCACCAACUAGCAGCACAAACCCCCGGGAAGGAGGCUGUAGCCAUUGAAGCUUUUGCAAGAGCCCUCACUAAGCUACCUACCAUCAUAGCUGACAACGCAGGGUAUGACAGUGCACAGCUUGUUGCCCAACUGAGAGCUCUCCACACCCAGGGAAAGCACACCAUGGGACUCAACAUGAAUGAAGGGAAGGUGGGUGACAUGAUUGAGCUGGGCGUGAUCGAGUCGUACCAACUCAAGAAGCAAGUCCUCCAUAGCGCCGCUGAGGCAGCUGAGAUGAUUCUCCGUGUGGAUGACAUCGUCAAGGCUGCGCCAAGGAAGAGAUGAAUCAGAACAUUAACAACAGCGGGAACGUUCUUCAUCCAUUGAUGUCACUUCAAGUUUGUGUGGUACUGAUUGUGUGUCGCUGUAAUGUGUGCAUCUUGAUAGGAGAGAAAGCAUUAUUUAUACUGGGUUUUUAGAGGGAGUAAGCAUUCUCCUGAGGGCAAACUUGAAACCAAUCAAAGGCAGAACAAGCCAGUUCAGUAUUUCAAAAAGGCAAGGUCAAUCAAGAACAAAGCACCUGAUGUCAUGCCAGCACCAACAUCUUCAGUGUUAGUCGACAUACGGCUGCACGAAUAAGCCGACAAGGAAUAAAUGCAUCCAUGUUCUCAAAUGACCUACAAUGCACUCCAUUGUGUGGAUGUCCUGUUGGAAAACUGAACUGGCUCACUGAUGCCAUUGCUCACAAGGCCAGGUCCCUGAUUGGACCUGAUUGGAUGAAAGAAGUGUCGUCGUCUUUGAAGAGCGAGCACAGACAUUGUACAAGGUUCCUGGCCUGCCCUUACAAUUUCUUACCUUAAAAAUAUCCAUUAUGCAAACAGUAGGGGGUUAUCUGCCUCCUAGGGGCAAACGUUGGGCAAAUAUGCAUUAAUAUGCUGACAUUCUUUACUAAAAUGUCCGUUAUGCUCAGUAUUGCUCAGGGGUGUGACUGGCCACUUAAAAUCAAAGCCGAAAACAGCUAGCAAAAAGCUGAAAUACAGGUGUACAGGUGCACAAAAAAGCUGAAAUUCGGGGUUAACAGCUCAACCAAAAAAAACAGCUAAAAAGCUGAAUAUUGGUGACUUAAGUUUUCAUGUUAUCCUCUGCACCAAAAAUCCCUCAAAAUGGGACAGAUCCCUUACUAAGAUUGGAAUCUUUUGUUCUUUGCAUAUUCGAUACAUGUUCUCGGUUGUGGCUCUGAAUCUUCCAGCUAUUAGAUGAAAUCACACUUGUGCCCUUGGGUCUGCAUAAACCAUGGCUGAAGAUGAUGAGAAACAAAGACGUGCCAUUAGAAAUGGCAUUACAGUGAAUCCCACGGUUGGCUUAACACAAACUCUGAUUUACCCAAACAGUUGUACUGGUUCAUUGAAAGAAAACCAUGUCUUAAGAUAGUGCUCAGCAAAGCCUUUAUGGGAGGGGCAUGCUGUAAUUCUCCUGGGUCGGUUUGCAAUUUCCUUUUUGAUACACCAAAACAUUUUUCUUGUAGCCAUUUGAGUGAAUUGUCCUGCAGGUGAUUUGUCAAAUAAAAAAAAAGGAGUGAUCACAGAUGCGAGUGCGUCAGUGUUUGAUUAAAAAACAUCUAAAUUACAAUUUUGUUUUGCAAGGGACAAAUUCAAAUGUUUUCACAAAAAAUGAAUAAAAUCCAGCCAUGUCUUAUCAAAUUUA